AUGGCAGGAGCCAGCUGGGGCGAUGAGACCUGGAAAGAUGACGACCGAGUCAGGGUGUUGCAUGGCGAGGACGUCACCCCAUGGAAGUCCUUCGACGAUUGUUGCGGUGCCUGGAAGUUCCCCAAUGGCUUGAUGCAGUUCCUGAUAGAUGCGGGCUUCCGGGCGCCGACACCGAUCCAAGCCUACACCUGGCCCGUGCUCAUGAGUGGAAAGGAUUGCAUUGGCGUUGCCAAGACCGGCAGCGGGAAGACGUUGGGGUAUCUCUUGCCAGGAUAUGAGAACGGGCCUGCCAUGCUGGUCAUGGCUCCGACCAGAGAGUUGUGCCAGCAGAUCUACGAAGAGAGUGACCGGUUCGGAAAGCCUGCGCAAAUUGCGACAGCCUGCGUCUAUGGCGGAGCGCCCAAGGGCCAGCAGCUGAGACAAUUGCGAAACAGCCCACAGUGUGUGGCUGCGACGCCCGGGCGCCUCAACGACUUCCUGCGGGAGAGAUCCAUCGACUUGCAGCGGUGCGACUACCUGGUUCUGGAUGAGGCGACUGGUGCCUCUGAGCUGCUGCUUGACAUGGGUUUUGAGCCGCAGAUCGAGGAGCUGUCAAGGUAUCUUCCACCGGUCCGACAAACUGCUCUCUACACUGCAACUUGGCCAAGGGAAGUGAAGCAGAUUGCUUCCAAAUUGACGAAGGAUCCCACUCACAUUCAGGUUGGAUGUGAAGACUCCGCAACAGCCAACGCAGACAUCACGCAGCACGUUGUCAAAGUCCGCAACGAGGGGGACAAAAUGUCGUUCCUCGAGAACCAGGUUUUCCCUGACUUGCAGAGGUCGCUGGGUGCAGCUUUGAUCUUUGUGAAGACGAAGAAGGCGAGGCUGCGGCUGGCCUGUACCAGACGUGAGAGCCUUGGCUUCCGAGGUGACAUGGAUCAAAGUCAGCGAGACCAUGCGCUCUACGCAUUCAAGCACGGCAAGGCCAAGGUCUUGGUGGCGACUGAUGUGGCCCAGAGAGGCUUAGACAUCAAAAAUGUUCAGAUCGUAGUGAACUACGAUGCUCCUGCCAACAUGGAGGACUACGUCCACCGCAUUGGUCGAACUGGCCGUGCGGGGGAGAAAGGAGAUGCCUGGACUUGUUUGUAUGACAGCGAGACACAGUUGACGACUUAG